GCAUUUAAUAAUAUUUUACAUGCUACCAUUGUUACUAUAUUGUUCAACAGAUUUUAAUUUUCAACUGUUGUCUGUUAAAAUUCGUUGCCUUUUGCUUGCAUAGUAAGAACCUUGAUCCAUGAUUCAGAUACGAAUCAUGAUAAACGUGUAUUCCGUAACUGACGUUCGGUGACACGUUAUUGUUUUCGGUGGCAAAAAUUAAAAAACUCCUAGGUUUAGUAUUUCAAAAUUUAGAUAAUAUUUUUUAUUGUAAGUUCUUGAUUAAAUUUAAGUUUGUGUAAUAAUAAUGUUUGAAAUACGGCUUUGAUGAUGAAAGAUACAAUCAUGGAUACAGUAGACGAAGAUACUGUAUUCUCGGACGAAGAAUUAUUUGCAAACGAUGCAAACGAUUGUGUUGUAACAUUAACUAGUUCAGUCAGUUAUGAAGACGAGUAUCAAUCUUUAUUAUUUCAAAAUAGAGAUCGUAUAAUAUCAAAAUUAAAAAAUGAUUUAUCCAAUGUUUUACCUCCUCCGCCAACAGUAACUACUUGUCGAUUAAGUGUAAGUGAUAUAUUAGAUAGAUGGUACCAAUAUGAAAAAUCAAAUUCUCCAACAAAGAAACCUGAAACAAAAGAAUUAAAAAAUAUUGACCGUGCAAUUAGUUGGUCUUGGCCAGAAGUAUCUAAUGUCCAGUGUUUUGAUGUUUACUAUAACAUUGAUAACAAGUCAGCAGAAAUGGCAUUAUUAGAAUCAAAGUAUCAACAAAGGUAUGUUUCAAACGAAACCAAAUCUCUAAUGAAUACAGGACUAACGCCACAGCCUAAAAAAGAACGAGGAUUAAUUGUUCAACAUGUUAAGCCUGUUGAACAAAAUACACGAUUAAUUCGAAGAAAACCCGUUUCAAAACCUCAAAUAUUAGCAGAAGCUAAAGCAAAAUUAGCUCUUAUUGAAAAUAAACGUCGAAUUUUAGUCCCAGGAAAACUAAAAAGGGAAAAUAUAAAACCACUUGAGAAAAGUUAUCUUGAAAAUCGAAAUGGCAAUGACAGAAGAUCAAUUAGUCAUAAAAGAGCACUAUUUCAAAGUCCUGAAAUUUAUCAGUCUAGGAAACGUAUGUGUUAUAGUCAUAAUCCAAAGUCUGAAGAGUCAUCUCCUCUUAGUGCCCUUUCAAUUUGUAGCGAUACAUCAAAUACUACCCCAGUUAAAAGAUGGAGUGCUGUUCCUGUGAGUGCACAACUAUUUGGCGAUGAUCAAGAAGAUAAACAGAAAUCAAUUAUUACUAGAACAGAACCAGUUAAAAAAUGCCAAAGAGUAUUGAAAUUUUUCAAUAAUUCAGAAUCAGCAACUUCAAAAAAUUUGUUUAAUACAAAACCAAGUCAAAAAGAACUUAGUAAACUUCAUAAACAGAAAUUAUUAUGGGCUGUUUCGGAAGUGUUAAAAGAAUGUGGUGUUGAUAGUCAUCACAAGCAAUUUCGACCUUUUCUUCAACAAUUAUUUAAAGUAUGUUCUAAACAAUGGUUGCAGAGAACAGGUUCUGAAAUAAAAACUAGUACUAGUGAAGCAAUGCGUGCUCUAGUGAUGAAACACAAGAGUACAGUACUAAAAUUGAAAUCAAAAUCUCCAAAGCAUAAAGACAAUGUUGUUACAUUUAAACGAAAAUCUGUAGCAGAUGUAAAAAAAGUAUUAUUUACAGAUGCAGCUCCAAAAACUGAUAAAAAUAGAGUUAUUGGUGAUGGGAUUGAUGAUUUCGCAUUAUAUCUAGAUAUUAAAAAAUUACCUUGUAACCAAAAUACUGAAGACCUACCAGGUAGGCCAGUUUCUUCUACUUCCAACUAUUGUUCUAAUUUAGAUAUUGAUUCCAAAGAUUCAGAAGGAAUCUUUGCUGGUUAAUGUUUAUAUUCAUUAAUUAGGUACAUUUUUUUUCUUUUUUGACUUGCUGAAACAAAAUUGCUAUUUUUCAGACUGCAAAUGUAUAUGUUACUAUCCAUUUUCUUUUCUUUUGUGUUAUUUUCAUUAAUUUAUAGUUAAGUAAAUUUUCCUGAUUUAGAUUUAAGUCGUAUAUUAUUUGUUUUUGGUUUUCAUUAUUUUCUUCUAGUACUAAGAAAUUUUAUUCAAUUUAAUAAUAAGUAUUUGUUUUUUGUUUCUAAAAUUAAUGUUUGUACCCAAUCUUGUACUCUUGUACUCUGAUGUUGCAUGUUAACAUAUACAUAUUAUUUUGAGGAAUGACUGAAGCAUAUUUGUUUUCUGUACUAUUUACGCAGAUCUCUUAAAUUAUAAAUUAAUGUAUUUAAAUUUUAGUGUAUAAGAUUUAG